AUGGGAAUUGAAUCGAUGAAGCACGAGCAGCCCCAGAUGCUUAGUGCUGAAAGUGAAAUCGGAGAAUUCUCUAGCAACGGAACGGCAGGAGAGAGUCCGAGGCGGCCGGUGAUAGAAAUUGCAACAUAUGCUGGCGUGGACGUUUACGAGUGUUACUGCCGUGGCCAGGAAUCCAGGAUAGUAAUGAGAAGGUGUAUGGACAACUGGGUGAACAUAACUCAAGUGUUCAAGAUUGCGUCUUUCACUAAGACGCAAAGAACCAAAAUUUUGGAAAAGGAGUCGAACAUGGUGAAACACGAAAAGAUUCAAGGUGGCUACGGAAGGUUUCAGGGAACAUGGAUCCCGCUAGAAAAUGCGCAUUAUUUGGUCCAAAAGUAUAGCAUUAGCGACAACGUGGUUUUGACGAUCUUGCAUUUCCAACUAGAUCCGCGGAACCCACCCUUGAGAAGAUCUAAGAAUUCUAUCAUAAAACGACAAUCACCUGGUACUAAGAUUCAGUCUCCUUCAAGCUAUAAUAAAACUCCUAAAAAGAUCGGAGGAGUAAUCGCUAAAAAGACUAAGAAGAAGGGUGUUAACGGAGCUAAGAAACUUCAAUUGCAACCAAGCCCGUUACAGAACUUGGUAUUCCAAACUCCUCAGCACCAGCAACAGCAGAAUUCUCAAAAUAAUAACUCAACCGUGGUUGCGCAAGAUCAGCAGACCCCACUGCAAAUGAAUAGCUAUGAAACAACACAGAAACCCCUACAGUUUUUCCCUUACCCUCAACAGCAACCAGCCUUUUUGACAUUCGACUCCAAUAAUUAUAAUCAACAUCAAGCCAAGAAACAAAAGAAGAGUGCGAAACGAGCCACGGGACAGUCACAAGCACAACAAAGUUUCCAAAUCAUAAAACAGCAGUUUAGAGAUAACUUACACACUCAAUCAAAACCUUCAGCACAAACUGUGGUUAUUCAAACGCAACCUGCUUCUCAUAAACCGACACAUUCAAGCGGAUCUAAUGGAUCCAAUGGCUCCAAUGGUUCCCAUGGAUCCUCCAUCGAAUGCUUUUCGGCAAACGAAAAUCCCACGCCUAUGUCGUCACGUUCUAUAUCUCCAAAGCUGAGACAUCAACAGCUUGCGGACUCAAAUUCAGAUAGGGAAUCCAAUUCGGUAGAUAUGGAGGAGUAUAAAGAGCUAUUGCUAGAAGUGCUAUCUUCGGACUAUUCAGGCGACGAUCAAGAAUCCAUAGUCUUGCCCGAGCCAUUGUUCCAUCCGCCCUCAGAAUUAGACAUUAAUUUCAUAAUAGACGACCAAGGUCAUACAACUCUUCACUGGGCUGCUGCCUUGUCUAACGUCCCUUUGCUCAAACUCGUUAUCUCGCUUUCUGCUAAUAUUUUACAAUGUAAUGAUCGGGGAUUUACUGCAAUAACCAAGGCUUGCUUUUAUAAUAACUGUUUCAAAGCUGGUGUCUUUCCACAGGUUCUAGAAUUGCUGAAGCCUUGUUUGAUAACACCAGAUAUGAAUGGCAGGUUACCUCUUCACUAUCUGGUCGAAUUAAGUGUCAAUAAAUCCAAGGAUCCCGUUGUUAUCAACUAUUACAUGGAUUCCAUACUGGACGUUUUACAACAAGAAGAUAUUGCAUUGUUACGCAUGUGCUUGAACUAUCAAGAUAACAUGGGUAACACGGUUCUACAUCUUGCUGCACUCAAUCUCAAUUUAGAGCUCUGUAAUAAGCUCUGUUACUUGGGCAGCUCAAUGGACAUAAUUAAUCUGGAGCAUGAAACUGCUACAAGUAUACUAGCAAGAUUCAACCUCGUACCCCCAACAUCACAACAGAUUGAUGGGCUCCCACACGCAUUUGUGAGUAAUGCACAGCCUCAAGAAAAACAAAUGAAGCUGAGCACACCUGUUAGAACCAGAAAAAAGAGCAACAGUUUCAUGAUCAAUGACGAGCACACGGUCAAUCUAACUCAUGAAUUAUCAUCAUUUUCGACUACUGAGGAUUCAAUCCUUACAUCAUCAGUCAUGAAAAAUCCUGUUGGCUCAACUGCUAUCAAGACUGUGGAGCCAUGGUCCGUUUUAACGUCAGUUGGAAGUUCAAACAAGACGGUCAAGCCUACAAUCAAAUUAAACAGAGAAGGCUCAUCUCAGGUAUUGACUAAGCAGCUGUCGGAGCUUACCGCUACACUUACAACAUCUGUGGACGAAAAGAUUGGCAGUUUAGAAUUAGAGAAAGAAAAGACUCAAGAAUGUAUUGAAAGCAUACAAAAGUCUCUCAAGCUGAAUGACGCGCAUCAGAAAGAAGUUCUGGGGGAAUACACAAGUGCAGAGGAAUUAAAAGAAGCUGUCAAGACAAUAUCAAAACAACUCAGCAUCAAAAUGGCGGUACUGGCUAAUUCCUCAGAAAAAUCGCAAGCGUUGGCACUGGCUACUUUAGCCCAUGAGGAAGAAGCAAAGAUGAACACAGAAGGUAGCUCACCUGAACGGACAGAUGAUAGCUCACCAAACAAGGUGAUUAACGAAGAGCUGGUAAAAUUGGGCCUGCAUUUAACUCUCCUGCAAUUUGGCCGUAAGCACAUGAUCGACAAAAUAGCGAGAGCCAAAUGCGAAAUAAAUUCGUCACCAAAGAUCAAGAAAUAUAGGAAACUCAUAGGCUUGACCAUAGACGACAUCGACUCUAAACUCGAUGAUAUUGAGCAGGACCUUCGCGCAAGUGCCUAG